AAAGUGCAAUUAGUUUAGUCUAAGCGGCAAAGCGGUUAGUCGAAAUGAAGAAUUUGCUUUGGGUUUUAGCCAGCCUAGCCGUCCUGCUGGCUAUUGGGUGUGCAGAAAAGGUUCGUUACGACAACUUCAAAGUAUUCAAAAUUAAAACGAAAAACGUAGAACAACGAAAAUGGCUAGAACAAUUAGCGAGUGAUUCCGAAAAUUUUAAUUUAUGGCACAGCGGCAAAGAAGAAGUGCACAUCAUGGUCAAUCCGCAAAAGCUAAUAAAUCUACAAAACUACACACGUUCCUACAGUUUGCCUAUGGAGGUAAUGGUUUCCAAUGUUCAAAGCCUUAUUGAUGGCGAGCAAAGUACGCGCUCAACUGACGAUGACAGCUCUUUUGGUUGGACUCGCUAUUAUCCACUCUCCGCAAUCGAGGCUUUCUUAGACGAUAUACAUGCCAAAUAUCCCAGCGUUACUAGUGCCAUAGAUAUUGGCACAUCUUACGAAGGACGCAAGAUUCGUGGCAUUAAAAUCUCCUACAAAGAAGGCAAUCCCGGCAUUUUCAUUGAGUCCAACAUACACGCACGCGAAUGGAUUACCUCGGCUACGGCGACUUGGUUAAUCAAUGAGCUGCUCACUUCUACGGAUGAGAAAGUACGAAAUUUGGCUGAGAACCAUGAUUGGUAUAUAGUGCCGGUCUUAAAUGUGGACGGUUUUGCCUACACGCACACAACGGAUCGCAUGUGGCGCAAGACACGUCAGCCCGUAAAUUUCUCAUCCUGCAUUGGUGCCGAUCCGAAUCGCAAUUAUGAUUCGCACUGGAUGGAAAAUAAUGGCGCCUCCGCUAAUCCUUGCAGUGAGACAUAUGCUGGCACGAGCCCUUUCUCCGAACCCGAGAUUAAAGCACUCGCCGAUUAUGUCGCCAGCAUUAAGGAUCGUCUAAAUAUUAUGCUCGCUUUUCAUUCGUACAGUCAGGUGUUGCUUUCCCCUUAUGGUUGGACUGCAGAUCUGCCAAGUAACUUCGACGAUUUAAUGGCUGUCGCUAAGGCCUAUGCAGAUGCUGUUGAAAGUUUGCCCUAUGGGACGGUAUACACUUAUGGCACUUCAUCCGGUGCAAUGUAUUUCGCUUCCGGCGCCACUAACGAUUGGGCUUAUAGCGAGCAGGAUAUUCUACUGUCCUUUACAAUCGAGUUCCGUGACACAGGUCGUUAUGGCUUCAUCUUGCCUCCCAUACAGAUAUUGCCGCACUGCGAAGAGACCAUGGCCGGUUUGUUGGCUUUUGUGGAAAAGGCUGAUGAAUUGGGGUAUUUGAAUGUAAAAUACACAUUUUAAAUGUAUAUUGGUCCUUGAAUAAAAUAUUAACUUAAA